CGUCUUCUUCCUCCGCUCGCUCGCCCUCGCGUCAUUUGCUGUAGAUCGUGUUGUGCGCUUCUACGCCGUGGCAUUUUGCAGGCGUUGGUGUGUGUGUUGAAGUCUGCUUCUGGGAGUGAUUUUUGAGGGAAUUCCAUAGGCUUUCAGUGGAGUUUUGCCGUUUUGCCGUUUCACGGAGUCUUAAAGGGGAUGGUGGAAAAGGAAGGAGGUCGAGAGGAUGGAGAGGGAUGAAGGCAUGCGAUUGCGGUUGUUGUUGACGUUGGCGAUGACGUUGCAAGCGCAACCUUGUCCACCGGGGGUAGGGGCAAUUGUGGAGAGGGUGGAGGUGCAAGCGGGGUAGCGUUGUGGUGAAGGGAUGCAAUUUGGUAAGAGCUGCGGCUCUAGCAUCGAUGAACAGUGCGGCGUGACUGAGCAGUGAAGGGAUAGUUGGGAGGUGGAGGAGGAGUGAGCGGAGAGGUGUUAGUUCAUGUGGGAGGCAAUGGCGGAUUCUUUGAACAGCAGCGUUUCGGAGGAUAACGACUCCUUGGAUGGGUAUUAUGGGAAUGGCAGACAGGGACUGGAGUAUGGCAACGUUCCUCAAUUUGCUGGUCUGACAAGGUCGGACUCCAAGCCUCGCCGCAGGGGUUUAGUGCGUGCUUGUCCAGAUACUGAGGAUCUUUUGAACCUUUUGCACGGCUCCGAUCCAGUGAAGGUGGAGCUGAACCGCCUUGAAAACGAAGCUAGGGACAAGGAUCGGAAACUAGCUGAAGUUACAGCAGAAUGCAAAGCACUUAAACUUGCUGAGCGAUUACGGGAGAAAGCUGUCGAGGAGUUGGCGGAGGAACUCGACAAAGUUGACGAAAAGCUCAAGGCCGCUGAGGACCUUUUGGAGAGUAAGAAUCUUGAAUUGAAGAAGCUUAACGAUGAAAAGAAAGCAGCUCUGGCUGCUCAGUCCGCAGCAGAGUUAACUCUGCGGCGUGUGCAAGCAGCUCAGAAAGAUGAGAAACUACCGUCCAUUGAAGAAAUUCUAGCUCCUCUUGAGGCUGAAUUGAAAAUAGCACGACAAGAAAUCGCUAAGCUUCAAGACACGAACAGAGCUCUUGACCGUUUGACGAAGUCCAAAGAGGCUGCGCUUCUUGAGGCAGAGAGGAGUAUAGACGCUGCUGAAGCCAAGGCGUCACAAGUGGAUGACCUUCUCAAUCGGAAUCAGGAGCUGAUGAAACAGAUUGAAAUUUGUCAGGAAGAGAAUAAAAUAAUGGACAAGAUGCAUCGUCAGAAAAUUGCUGAAAUUGAGAAGCUGAGUGCCACCGUCGCUGAGUUGGAAGAAGCAGUGCUUGCCGGCGGAGCUGCUGUAAAUGCAGCCCGAGACUACCAACGACAGGCACAAGAGUUAUUGGAAGGGAAGAAGACAUUGGAGAGGGAAUUGGCGCGGGCGAAAAUUACAGCUAACAGAGUUGCAGUUGUUGUUGCAAAUGAGUGGAAGGAUGCAAAUGACAAGGUUAUGCCUGUCAAGCAGUGGCUCGAUGAGAGGAGGUUUAUGCAGGGGGAGAUGCAGCAGCUACGAGACAAACUAGUGUCAGCCGAGAGGACUGCAAAGAAUGAGUCACAGUUAAAGGAAAAAUUUCAAAUGCGUUUGAAGGUGCUUGAAGAGAGUUUGAAGCCAGCCGUAAAUGGAACUCCACGUCGGACAGAGGAAGUGAGAAGUUCUAGUACCACCAGACGUUCGACUUCUGGAUCAGAGGAGGCAUCAAAGCUUCUCGCGAAUGGUUCCAGACGCCAACGCUCUGCAGUGACUCAACUGCGGUCUUCUAUGGCGAGUCAAACACUUCUCAGAGCGACGAAUGGCAGGUUGACAUCUAAGUCAUUUGAUGGGGGAAGAUCACUUGAUGCGGGUACUACCAGGCUGAAGGCGUUUUCGAAUGGGUUUGAGGAGCUUCGCACAGGUAGGAGAAUACCUGUAGCUGCGGAACCCGAGCAGGUUUCAACUGCGCAGGAGAAGUCCGAGAUAAAACAAGCAAAACCCGAAUCAGAAGCUACAACUGAGGCUUUGGCAGCCAAGUCUCAGGUAGGAGCGGUCAAGCCUGAGAAUGGUGCAACGGCCCCCGAGUCAGGUUCAGCGACCUCAGUUGAAGAUCCAGUAUCAGGUGUGUUGUACGACCUUCUCCAGAAAGAGGUUGUCAACCUGAGGAAGGCGAGCCUUGAAAAAGAUCAAAGUCUGAAGGACAAGGAUGAUGCUAUUGAGAUGCUCUCAAAGAAAGUUGAUACUUUAUCAAAAGCUUUGGAAGCUGAAGGAAGGAAGUUGCGAAGAGAAGUCCAAGCAAUGGAGAAGGAAGUUGCCACCCUGCGGGCUGAAAAGGAUCAAGUACGGAAUCCAAGGAGGCUUAGCGCAGGGACGGGAACUGUAAAUAGUUCCUCCAAGUUGCUGUCGGGGAGAAAUGGGGAGAGGCCCAUGGUCAGGAGCUGAUGCCUGCAAUUUGUGACCUUGUAACUCUGAAAGGAACGUCGUUCGCUGAAAAACAUCUCUGCACUCGGCAUGGAUAGUGGGAUGGGGUCUCUUGCAUGUGUAGCAUUAAUAUAUCCUGAUUUUACGAGAUUGAAUCUCUGUGCUGUGAAGAAAUUAGAGUGUGCCGUGCGUCAUAGGAGAUGAUAUUCUUGAGCAAGAUACCCCAGAUUAUGUUUCAACAUAAAUUAGGCAUUUUAGUAAUCUUUCAUGGAUCGUCUUCGCUUUUGUCAUUUCAUCUUAAGGUCAUUGUAUGUUUAUGGUUC